AUGAAAACAUUUACCCCAAUAGUGCUAUUCAAUAACCAUCAGAGUAAUAACGGCAGCAGCCAGCCAUUGUCGGCAACUCAUAAUAAUCAUACUCCAUCCAAUGAAGAUCGACACACUCAGGCUCGAAUAGAACAGCAUUGGAUAAAGACCAAGGAAAUGCUGGCUCAAAAUGCUCAGCUUUGGGAGCAAGAAGGCUAUCUCAGAACGAAGCCUGCUUCCAUCUCAGCAUCAGAUCAACAUGAUACAUUACAACAAUCAGACCUUUCCAAGGUCAAGAUCGAUAGCUCGAAAAGUUGCUACAAAUUCCGCACAUUAUUUGCUCCAAUUCCACCUUCAUUAGACGAGAGUAAUGCACAAUCCAGUACAACAUCAUCAGCAGAGAGUGUAUUCAUGACAACAAUCAACGCAUCAUCCCAUUCGCAGCAACAACAGCAGCAGCUACAAAGAGCGCCUCAUACCCCCUAUGUCAAUACAAUCCCUAGAUCAGAAAGCAUCUUGUACAGAGAUGCCAUUGAAACGAGCCCCGAAGAAGAGCAUGAUCCGUUCAUGACAACUACGUUUAUCACAGAGCCUCAAUUUCAUCAUACGUACCGUCCCAACAUUGGUAGAAGAAGACGGCGUGGUAACCUCCCUAAAGAAGUUACUGAGUACUUGAAGCGUUGGCUCAUUCUCCAUAAAAAGCACCCAUACCCCACCGAGCGAGAAAAGCAAAAACUUGCUGACGAAACUGGCUUGAUGGUGAGCCAGAUUAGCAACUGGUUCAUCAAUGCUCGCCGUCGCAUCCUACAGCCUUUACUAGAGUCAGAACAUCAGGAUGCAAUCAACAAUGAUGGCUCUAGUUCAGUUGCUAACAGCAAUGUGCUGCCAAAGAGAUCCAGAACAUCAUCCGCAACAGAGAUGAGUACUCAAACUCUUGCUCCAGAUACAGCGGAUACUCCAGAACCAACCAUCAGUACCUAUCAUCAUAAGUACAUCAUUGGCAGCUUCGAUAGCAAUGACGAAGGCCGUUCGCACCGCCAUUCAAUUGAUGAUACAAUGUCGCUAGAUGAUGAUUAUCGAGAGCCGAAGCAGCACCAUCUUCAUCCACAUGAGCUUAAUGAGUCAUCAAAGAGUCAAGUUCCACCUCCAUGGGUUCUUUUACCUACCAAACUGCCGUCAAUGCAUAUUCUGGACAAAGACGUGGAUGCCUUUCGACCAGAAUAA